CGUGACCCGGGAAGUGCUCGGCGCGCGCGCGCGGCCGCCGCCGCCGCCUCCGGGUCCCGCGCGCGGCCUCCGCCGCCCCCUGUGACGUCACCGCGGCGACUGCAGUGACGUCAACCAGGCCAUGACGUCACCGACGCGGGCUUUGACGUCACGCGGGCCCCCCGAACCCGGCGGGGCCGAGGCCCGAGCGCGGUUCCGAAUCGCGCGGUUCAUCAUGGAGGCGGGUGUGAAGCUGGGCCUGGGCUCCCCCGCCCUCAGCACGGCCUGUGCUUCCUUCCACGCCUUCGCGGCCGCCGUGGCCGGGCCGGGCCGCGCUCGGUGCCCGGGCCCUGACUGGCACCUGGUGGCGGCGGCCGCGCUCUUCGUGGCUGCCAAGGCGCAGGGCACGCCCCGGAGAGCGCGCGACGUGCUCAACGUCACCCUCAGGUGUCUCCAGCCCGGCUCGGCGCCCCCGGCCCUGGACGGGGAGUUUUGGCAGCUGCGGGACAGCCUGCUGCAGUGCGAGCUGCUGCUGCUGCGGGUGCUGCGCUUCCGGCUGCCCCAGGCCCACCCCCACAGGUACCUGCUGCAGUACCUGCUGGCUCUGGGCCGCUGGGCCGGGGGUCCCUGGGGGAGGGUCCCGGGGGUCUCGUGGGCGCUGCUGCGGGACGGGGCCGCGGGGGGGCUGGGCCUGCGCCACCCCCCCCCGCACCUGGCGGCGGCCGCGCUGCACCUGGGGCUGGAGCUGUGCGGGCGGGGGGCGCCCCCCGGGACCCCCCCCCGCUGGUGGCAGGUGCUGAGCCCGGGGUUAACCCCUGCGGCGCUGGAAGGAAUCGAGCGGGAGCUUUUGGCGCUCUACAGCCUCGACACCCAGGUGGGGGGAGGGGCCGCGACCCCCGCCCCCCCCCCCCUUCCCCCUCCCCUCCCCCCUUCCGCGCUGCCCGAGCCCCCUCCCCACCCCCCCCGCCGGGCCCCGCCCCGACAGACCGAGCCCCCUCCCCACAAACGGACGGACAGACGGAGCCCCCCCUCCCCCACACACGGACAGAGGGACCCCCCCAGGUCCUGACAGAG